AUGAAUUCGACCACUCCUGCCGGCCAACCCGAUCAAGUGUCGGAUGCUCGCUCCGCCGCUCAGGACAUUCCCCAGCAACAGCCUCGUCCGCAGGAGGCUCUUCCGUCUCCUUCACCCGUUGAGAUGUCUAGCCUUCCUCCGAACCCGCCGCCUUCCGAUUCUCAACCAUCCUCGUUGCCACCAGUCGGAGGGCCUGCCAGAACCGACACCAACACUGCAAUCGAUCAAUCGAUGAAUCCUCCUCCUCCUCUUCCUGCGGUCGCCGAGCCCCAACCGGUAGCGAGAACAUUUUCUACAGCCAUUGGACCCUCGUCCGACUCUCCAGUAGUCCCCGCCAAAGAUGGUGAAGCCACAGGGCCGGUUCUGACACUGACUCUGCUCCUGACCUCCGGAGCCCGACAUCCAUUUAGACUGGAUGGCAGAUAUCUCACAAAGCGCAAUGUCAAUGUGGACGACAACGACCCCUUCAACUUGAGUGUCUAUAAUCUGAAGGAACUGAUCCUGCGCGAAUGGCGGGAAGAGUGGGAAGCCAAACCUAGCAGCCCCAACUAUAUUAGGUUAAUCAGCAUGGGCAAGCUGUUGGAUGAUAAGACAUCACUGAAAGACUAUAAAUUUGGCCCUGAUCUGCCUAACGUACUUCACAUGACCAUCAAACCACAAGACUAUAUUGAGGAAGAGGACGCGAAAGGUGGCAAGGCCAGCUAUACAAACCCUCGCGAAUCCGAGAACAGAAGUCCUGGAUGUCGUUGCGUGAUUAUGUGA